AUGUUCUCCGAAUAUGCCUCGCGCUUCCUGGCGCAGUCUCAAAGCCGCCUCUCCUUCACUCAGCAUGAGCCAGAUACUCGCUCUCGCAAUCCUCUCGAUCGACGACGUCAGCCUGCCUCAUCCUCUCGUUACGUCCAGCGCACCUCGAUGCCUACGCCAUAUCAGCCUUCGGGUUCCGUCUCAUAUCUGUCUCGCUUUCCCUUUGCUUCUCGUCCGCGACAAGAAGACGUGCCACUAUUCCAGGGCUUCGAUCAAGAAGAUGAAGAGACACAACACGAGCGUGAGAUGGCAGACUACAUAGCUCUACAAAAGUCUCGCCGCAACUUCAUCCCCAGUCACCUUACCGAGUCGUCCGAGAUUGAAGAUCACAACCUCGAAUCUUCGAACCUUGCUUCACAGCCUGCUCUUUCGGCUUCAGAACAGAAGUCAGCCAUGGUUGAUGUCGAGCUUGGCUCUCCUGAUCACGACGAUGACUAUUCGGAUUUCGAUAGCAUUGACAAAGAACUUGACGCUCGACCACCGGCGUUCCAGACAUUUCAGCCUUCAGUGCCUCCUCCACAAUCUACAUUUCUUCCGCAAGAGACAGAUCCUGAGAUAGCCUAUGCUCAUCCGAGGCCGCCCAGUCCCGACGGCGAUAGUUUCCCGCCCACCGUCAUCCUCCCAGCACCAGAACCACCGCGCCAUGACAUGUUUUGGUCUCAGCUAUACAAGAUUUGCGUCUUUGCCAUGUUUGCGACCUUCAUCUUGGUCUGGUUCCAUACUUCGUCGCCAAACUCCAAGAAGCCUCUUGGUGACACCAUCUACUCUGCCCUGACGUCUUCCAUCAACCUCUUGCUCUGGGAUACCGUCAUCACUGUAGUUGUCGCCAUGCUCUGGUUGGCUCUUCUCCGCGAGUAUGUGCGCGUUCUGGUCUUCCUGAUGCUCGUGUCGGUUCCCGUCAUUCUGUUCUCCUUCUCGCUAUACCCUUUCAUCUCGAGUUACAAAGGCGCUUGGCAUGGAAAUAGCGUUCAGGACAAGGUCAUGCGUUGGUUCUCUUUCGUCCCAGCAGUCAUUGCCUGUGUCUGGGUCUAUUCGGUCUACAAAGGUCGUCGCUCGCUCGGCAAGGCAAUUGGCAUUCUCGAAUUCGCAUGCCGCAUCGUCACAGCCUCACCAAGUCUGACCUUGCUGGGGUUCGGUACACUAGGUGUGGUAGUCUGCUUCACCUGGAUCUGGAUGGGCAUGUUCACACGACUCUUCCUGGGUGGCCACAUGUCGAAGCUCCAGACUUUUAUCAUCGAUCUCAAUACGUGGUGGCUGGGUUUCUUCUUCGUUAUGGUUUAUCUUUGGACUUUGGGUAUCAUUGCGGGCGUACAGAGAGCAACAACUGCUGCAACUGUCUCGCAGUGGUACUUUCAUCGUCUAAGUGUUCCUGCGCCAUCGUCGACCACGGUUGUGCGGGCUUCGUUCAUGCAUGCGACGGGCUCAAUGAUCGGCACGAUCUGCCUGUCGACUUUCUUAUCGCUGCUCAUUCGUUUGCCCCUAAUCAUCCUUCCUCGACGCAUUGCUAGCCUUGUGACUCUGUGCGCCUUCUCCAUGGUACCAGCCUCGCUGGCUGCCCUUACCAAUCCUUUAACGCUUACCUACGCUGCCAUUCACUCUCAAUCAUUGAGUAUCAGCGCUAGAGGCUUGUCUCAGCUACACUUUGUCUCUAACACCUCGCCCACGACCACACUCAAUCCUUCCGUCUUUGCUGCACACCCUGGAUCUGGAGGUACCAUGAUGCCCUACCGCUUGGCCAAGCUACUCCUACACGCGACUCGCUUCAUCAUGUCAUUUGCCCUCGGCUUUGGUGGGUGGGUGUCUACAGCACGCAAUGUGCAGCUGGCAGACGGCGGUUUUAAGGGCAGUCUCUAUGCGUACAUUGUCGGUCUGAUAGCAGCAACGAUCGGGUGGGCAGUCCUGGGAGCCAUCGAAGGCGUCAUUGGUGGUGUGGUGGAUGCAAGUGUUGUCUGCUGGGCCAGUGAGACUGGUGGUAGAGGUGGAGCAGGCGAGGCGAGAUAUUGUCGUGAAGCGGGCGAGCUCUUUGGAGAGGGAGAUUAUUAG